AUGGGUGAUCUUCAACUCUCCUCGGCCUCAGAGCCCCAUCUUAUGCACCGCUCCCUCCUCACCCGUCCAGAAACCGUAUCAUCCGCAUCAGGCGUCUUGAUCACCCUCUCAUCCGGCCGCAAAAUCCUCGAUGGCUGCGCAGGUGCUGCAGUCGCCAUCAUCGGCCAUGGAAACACUGAAGUCCGCGACGCAAUGGUUGAGCAAAUGUCGAGUGUGUCAUACGUGCACACCAUGGCCUACACAACCAACAGCGCAGAGGAUCUCGCAAACUAUAUCCUAGAAGGAGAACCCUUUGACUUGACGAGAGCGUACUUUGUUGGCUCUGGUAGUGAAGCUAUGGAUUCAGCGAUGAAACUUGCGAGGCAGUAUCAUGUUGAGAACGGACAGCCGCAGCGGACCAAGUUUGUUUCGCGAAGGCGGGCUUAUCAUGGGAAUACUAUUGGCGCUAUGAGCGUGGGUAGUUUUGUGGCGAGAAGGGCGCCGUAUGAGGGUGCUAUUCUUCUGGAUAAUGUGAGCUACGUUAGUCCAGCGUAUGAGUACCGAGUUCGGAAAGAUGACGAAACGGAACAAGAGUACGCUCAGAGACUAGUCGAUGAGCUUGAGGCAGAGUUCCAGGCUGUCGGCCCAGACACCAUCAUGGCUUUCGUUGCAGAGACAGUUGGCGGCGCAACAGCAGGUUGUAUCUCUCCUCCAGCCGGAUACUUCGAAGGUGUUGGAAAAGUCUGUCGAAAGUAUGGCAUUCUUCUUAUCCUCGAUGAAGUCAUGUGCGGAGUCGGACGGUGUGGAACAUUCUUCGCCUUCGAGCAAGAUGGCGAUGUUCGUCCUGAUAUCGUCACCACAGGCAAAGGUCUUGGAGGCGGAUACGCUCCUAUCGCCGCGACUUUGGUGCACAGAAAGAUCAUUGAGACGUUGAAGAAGGGAACGGCGAGCUUCAAUCACGGACAUACGUAUCAAGCUCACCCCGUGAGUUGCGCAGCUGCACUAGCGAUCCAGAAGAUUAUCCGCAGGGAUAACUUGGUUUCUCGCGCUGCUACUCUUGGAGCACGAUUACACAAGUCCCUAGUCGAAAUCUUCCAGGAUCUCGAGUUUGUUGGAAACAUUAGAGGUAGAGGGUUGUUUUGGGGUAUUGAGUUUGUGAAGGAUAAAAAGACCAAGACGCCUUUUGAUAGCGAGAUUCGAUUUGGCGUCAAGGUUCAGGAGAGGGCUUUUCAAUUGGGAUUGGCUGUUUAUCCUGGUUCCGGGACUGCAGAUGGAAAAGUGGGUGAUCAUGUUAUUGUUUCGCCGCCGUUGACGAUCACGGAGGAUGAGAUGGAUGAGUUGCUUGUUUUGUUGAAGAGGGCUUAUGAUGAUGUUGCUGCUGAACUUAGCUAA